AUGUCUCGGCGAUGGCUUCCUGCAGACACGCGCCAGUCGCGUUGGAACGCCCAGCAGAGUCGCACGCGCAGAGAGGCCGUCGAGGCCGCUGAGCUGAGAAUCGCCAUCGCCCGUCCGCUGUCGAUGCGCCUCGACGCCACGAGGGUCAUCUCGGACGACGCUGUCACCGGCCUGGGCAAGCUCGCCCUCCUGCCCAACGAGGUCAUCAUGCUCGUCUUCGCCAACAGCACCCUGCAUUCGCUGCUGCGUCUUCUACGCGUCAACAGAGCCGCGCGCCAGUUCGUGAGACUGCUUCCCUCCUUCGCCGACGUCACGUCGUCGGUCAAGUUGCAGAUGUCGCGCGCGAAACCCCCCUACCGCCGCCUGCUCGCCACUGUCUUGAAGAACACCACUUACAACGCACUCCGCUUCCUCAUCACCACCCACGACUCCGAGGAGCUUCUUGCCAGUAGCAGCAUAGUUACAGAACCGGAUGGGGACGAUGAACUUAAGAUUCACAAGACCAGUAGGUCUCACAGUCUCGAUGCCAACACGCAUCGCCUUCGUGUAGAUGGAUUCGUCAGGAACAGGCUAGAGCUCUCCAUCGCACAGCUCCAGAGCGAGUUUGAGCAGCAUGAGGUCGUCUGCGCCCUGCAGUGCGCUGGCAACAGAAGGCGUGACUUGCGCACUGCCGUCAAGGAGGUCCAGGGGAUCGACUGGUUCGAUGGCGCUGUCAUGGACUGCCGAUGGCGUGGUCCGCUGCUGAAAGACGUUCUGGCGAAGGCCGGCAUCGACCUGGACGGCGCCGAAGCAGAUGGACAAGCGAAGCAAGCUGCCGAAGCACACGUCGCCUUUGCGUCGUUCCAGGUCCAGUGCCAGGAGGACACGUGGUAUGGCGCAUCUAUUCCGCUGGGCUGCGCCGUGGACAGGGAGAAAGAAGUCAUCCUAGCGCUGGGAAGAAACGGAAAACCACUGAGCACCCGCCACGGCUACCCAAUCACCGUACAGAAAUCAGAAUGCAGCAACUACUACAUGCAGCACGGCUACAAGGCCCUUCCGCGCGAGGCAGUCGAUAGUGAAUCGGCGGAGAAGUACUGGCACAUCACCCCGCCUGUGCAGGAGAUGACGGUGAACUCUGUGGUUACCAGCCCACGAACAGGGGAGACGGUCAGCAGAAACGAACGUGGGAAUGUUGAGUGCCAUGGGUACGCUCUGCUCUGCGGUGACGGCGGACCAAUCGUCAAGGUCGAAGUGAGCGGUGAUCAUGGGCGGAUGUGGAUACCGGCCAAUUGGAACACCAUGAAGGCGAGGGCAAGCGGACGUGGAAGUUCGGGAAAGUUGAACUCCCUGUGA